GGCACACAGAGGCGAUCUUUAUAUACACCGGGAGUAGCGCGAACGAGACGGAGUUUCCAGUCCGGGUUUCGACGUCGCAGACCAAAUAUGUCGGAGUUUUCUUCCGUAAUCGAUUUGAACGUUGGCGGAGUUAUUUAUACGACAACUUUAAAAACUCUGAUCAGCCAUCCGAACUCGAAACUCUACGGGAUUUUCACCGGAGCCGAACCCGUCGAGAAAGAUUCGAAAGGUCGGUUUUUUUUGGACAGGGAUGGCGUCUUGUUUAGAUACGUAUUGGAUUUCCUGAGAGACGGGACAAUCAUUCUACCAUAUUGCUUUCGAGAGAAAGAAAGACUGAAAAAUGAAGCGGAAAAACUUUUGCUUCAAGGUUUAGUUGAAGCAAUCACCAGCGAAAAUCGUAUAAAACCACCAGGUGUGAUAACUUUGGGCUACAGAGGCAGCUUCCAGUUCGGCAAAGACGGCUUGGCCGACGUGAAAUUUCGAAAACUGUCCAGAAUUUUGGUGAGCGGACGCGUCGCCCUUUGUCGCGAAGUAUUCGGCGAAACUUUAAACGAGAGCCGAGACCCGGACCACGGACAAUCCGAACGGUACACUUCCAGGUUCUUCCUGAAACAUUCGUUUUUGGAACAGGCUUUCGAUAUGCUUGUGGAACAGGGAUUCAAAUUGGUUGGUAGUUGCGGUUCAGGUACCGCAGGUGGUUCGUCCGAUUUGAAACCAGGCGUUGACGCCGAAGAGAAUCGAUGGAAUCAUUACAAUGAAUUUGUCUUCGUUAGAGAAUAAAUAAUCGAAUAUCAUUCUAAAUCAAAUAUUUUCUAUAAACGAAUUUAAUAUUGUCUCCCUUUUUAUCUUUUAAUGUAGCCAUAUUGAAAACUUUACACUGUUAUAUUCAGAUUAGGGUGGCGAGGCGAUAAUAUUGAUCAUAUAAUGAAAUAUGCACCUUGCCAUUUUACGUGAAUAAACAGUAUUUUUAACAAGAAAAACAAAGAUAUCUUUUUAGAAGAAGAUAAUGUAGUAUAAUGAACACCAUCGAAACAUGUUAUAAUUAUCAUACAGUAUUAAAUAGGUAAGUAGUGUCUAAAAAACCUAU